UUUGAAGAACGUUUUCGAAAAGUUCCGUUUUCGUGAUUGAUUAGUGUGGGCGUUUAGGCCUAACCGGAGAAAUAAUUUCUCAGGCGUAGUGUUGACGCCGACUCAAACCAGCCGUUUAUAACGAACACAUUUCUCACUGCGUAUUCAAUCAUACCAAAUAAAAGGUGGUCCAUUAGGCAAGGAGCCAUUAGUCCCUUGUCGCUUUAAUAUUUCAUUUAACUUAUUUCAUUAAACAAAAUAAAACAACAGGUGGAAAAUGGAGAAAAUCCAAGACGUUUGCAUCGCUUAACAGAUAUUGAAAAGCUACGUGCCGUUUCUAGGCACAACUAUAUUUCAAGUGGUAAUUUUUUUUUAAAUUUAAUUGACGUUACGUGAACGCAGCUCUCAAGCCUGUUGCAGCAAUUAAUUCUUUGUAUAAAUUAAAGUGAGGUUUUUGCAUAUUUGUUUAUUAUACCUACCAGCUUAUGUUCCGAUGGCUUAGCGUAGAUCGUUCUAUUACCGACAUAGCCAAAAGACCGAAGCUUACGCGUGUCAAACACAUGAAAAUUUGAAACAGCUCGCUUUUAGGCUCACGUUUUCUUGGAAUAAACUGGUAAAACGGCGGCCACCGAAACAAACAAAGACAAACGAUCGAAUCAUGGAUUAUUGAUAACAGAUUAUUGGAAUUAUACCUAAAAGUUGACAAGCUGAAACAACACAGACCUUAACUGUUGACCUACCAAAUAAGACAGAAAUUCACGACAAUUUUAGAAGAGGAAUGUUUCAACACAUAAAGUGUUAUUAGAAUUUUCCUUCCAGACUUAAAAUGUCAAAAAAACAACCUCUUUGUUAUGAGCGCAGCACAGUGACGACACGAAUGACAGGCACUAUCAGCUAUAAUCGAUUGAUUGAAAACCCCCCAAGUCAUCACCUGAAUUUUAAUUAACCUAGUGGUAAAUACGCGGCAUAUUAACCCAAGAUAAUUCGUCGCCUGCAGCAAAUUUUGUCGCCGUUUUAAAAUUUCUUACCAGAUAAAAUUCAACAAAGCACAGGAACCAGAAAAGAUGAACAACACUUGCCAAAGUGAGUAUAAAGAACUGAGCAUGACAGCAAAGGUUCUCUUGUCGACCUGGUAUGGUCUCGUGGGUUUGGCGGCCACAAUUGCAAAUGCGGUUGUUUUGUGGUUGAUCGCCAAAACCCAGUCACUAAGAACAAUUUCAAACUUAUUUUUAACUUCGCUGGCAGCAGCCGACUUUUUAGUUGGUUUGGUGAUUGCCCCAACGUGGAUAUUUAUCAGAUGCUUGGGAUAUGACGCUGAUACUUACUUGCAAACCCACGGUAAAGUUAACGACUAUCUUUGGAUACACACAACGGUGGCCACAACAUUUAACUUGUGCUGUGUUAGCCUAGACAGGUACAUCGCCAUCAUUCAUUCUCUCCGCUACCGAGAAAUUCUAACUAAAAGGAGAUGUUACGAGCUCAUAGCCACUGUUUGGUUGAUGUCCUUGAUUCUCCCCUGUUCGAGGUUUGUGGUCGCGGAAGGUAGCGUAGCGCUAUGGUUGUCUUUUGCAAUCAUCACGGUAUUGAUACCUAUGAUGGUCAUCGUGUCUUGCUCCAUUCGGAUCUUAAGAGCCGCAGCAGAGCAGUCGAGAAAAAUAAUAACAGACAACAGCUUGCUGAAUCAAGACGCGGUUAAAAGAGGAAAAAAGAAUUCCAAGGCCGCCAAGACAGUAAGCAUUGUGGUUGGGCUGUUUGUUGUUUGCUGGUCGCCAAGUCUAGUCACGUCUUUGGUGAAUUAUUUCACACUGGAUCCUUGUGGUCUCAAUCAACAAUUAUCUUACUACACAGAGUGGACAUCCGUCGAAGCACUUGCCUUUACUUCAUCGGGAAUCAACCCGUGGGUGUAUUGCUUGCGAAAUGACGAGUUCUACGAGGCCUUAUCUCGCACUUUUCCAUGUUUUCCAAGACGAAAUUUGGGACAAGAUAAUUUUCAUCUAAGAAAUAAAGGCGGUAAUCAAGCAGAAAUUUGAGUGGCAAUACCCAACAGGCGUGAGGAGAGUAAAGCCUUACUACACCGGAAUUAAUCAAACGAAAUUUGCUAAAAGCGUGAGCCUGAAGCCGGAUUCGCUCAUCCAUGAACGUUGUUUUUGAAGAUUCCAUUCUAAAAAUCAUCAAGCGCAACUUAUAUGAUUACUUGUGUGUUUAGGAAACAACCAAUAAAAUUUCAAAGAGGAAAGAUAAUAAACUAAAAAUCGUGUUUAGAACAAAUAACACUAUAAUUUCCCGUUUAACAGCUGCAGAGUCUCGAUUUUUUGCUUACGUCAGCCCUAACUACGUUUAAAAAAUAGGUAAGACACACUGGACAAUGCUUUUUUAACUUCAGCAAGAAAUGUACAUUGAUUGAUCUUAGUACAAGGCAGCAAGGCUUACCACAAAGAAAAUUCUAAGAACUUCUAUCUGUCACUUAUGCAAUAAAUAAAUAAUAGAUUUUUUAAGGUUCCCCCGGGAAGAUCCUAAGCGGGAGAGGAAAUUAGUUUAUGGAAAUCAACGUUACAAACAGACAACUAAAUUUUAAGUAGUUCCAACAGGAGUUCCAAAGCCAGGAAAUAGAAAGUUUUAGGAAAACUUAGCGCGAGUGCAAAUUAGUUUGAGGAAAUCAACGGUAGAAACGGAGACCUAAAUUUUAAGUCGUUGCAAAGGCAGGAAAAAGAACGUUUUAGAAUAUCACUGCUGUAACUUCUUCAAUCGACGCUUUGCAUUCACUCACGCCAUAGAAAAUUCGGAAAAGAAGGAAAUUGCUCGUAGUCAGCACAAUGAUAUCGACAGAAUGAAUAUGGAUAGAUUUAAUUUAUCAUUGACAAUCUCAGAUCUCACAGGAAACACUUUGAGUUUUUAAAUACUUUUUACCAGAGAACGCUAUAUCCUAUAUUAUCAUGAUCAAUCCUGGUAAUUGGCUUCGACAACGGAUUCCACAAACAUGAAAGCAGCACGUAUAAGUCGAUUUUGCUGAGUAGUCCCCAGUCUUGUAAAGACGACUGCGCUCGAGGCUAUAGCUUGAUCAUAACAAAGGUCACCGAAAAAUAAAUAUUUAGAUCACGUCUUGAAGUACCACUAUGAUGAAAUUUGCGAUAUCCAUUUUUUUACAUUU